AUGACAACCGAUCAGGAAGUGCAGCCCGAGUACGAGGAUGGCGGUUCGACCGGUCCUGGAGCCCCAACCCCGCUAUCAGCGCUGGAGGGUAUGGCUGGGUUGACUGCUCGCGACAUCAAGUUGUUCGUGGAUGCUGGGUAUCAUACUGUUGAACGAGUUGCCUUCACGCCAAAGCGCCAGCUUGAACAGAUCAAGGGAAUUUCGGAGCAAAAAGCCAGUAAAAUCCUGGCUGAGGCAAACAAAAUUGUUCCUCUGGGAUUUACCACGGCCACCGAAAUGCACGCACGACGCAGUGAACUGAUCUCCAUCACGACUGGCUCUAAGCAACUCGAUACGCUUCUUGGGGGUGGUAUCGAAACGGGCUCAAUCACGGAGAUCUUCGGAGAAUUCAGAACGGGAAAAAGUCAGAUUUGCCACACACUUGCCGUGACCUGUCAGCUGCCAUUCGACAUGGGCGGCGGCGAGGGCAAGUGUCUUUACAUCGAUACGGAGGGAACUUUCCGGCCGGUUCGACUUCUUGCUGUUGCGCAACGAUACGGCCUGGUUGGAGAAGAAGUCCUUGACAAUGUCGCAUAUGCGCGCGCGUACAACUCCGAUCAUCAACUGCAGUUACUCAACCAGGCCUCUCAAAUGAUGUGUGAGACGCGCUUCUCGCUCUUGAUUGUGGAUUCGGCCACGUCGCUGUAUCGAACAGACUUCAAUGGUCGUGGUGAGCUUGCAUCGCGGCAGACUCAUCUUGCAAAGUUCUUACGCACACUUCAAUAUCUGGCGGAUGAGUUUGGUAUUGCAGUCGUCAUCACCAAUCAAGUCGUGGCUCAAGUCGACGGUGGGCCCAGUGCUAUGUUCAAUCCUGAUCCGAAGAAGCCUAUUGGCGGUAAUAUCAUUGCCCACGCCAGCACAACGCGACUGAGUUUGAAGAAGGGUCGAGGAGAAACUCGAAUUUGCAAGAUCUAUGAUAGUCCAUGCCUUCCUGAAAGUGAUUGUCUCUUCGCUAUCAAUGAGGAUGGCAUUGGCGAUCCGAGCGAGAAAGACCUGGAGAAAGAUUAA